GUUCCUCACUGCCCACAGACCUCCACACAUCGCCGACCACGACGAGCGCGCGCUAUUUGCCAAGCCCACGUGCGCUUAGUCAUCCUCCCCGUCAUGCCCCGUGCGGCCGUGCCACACGAUAGGAUUGGCGCGUUGAUGUUCGCCUUGCUAUGCUCCGUCUUACCCGCAUCCCUUGUUGUUAUAAAAGCCUUCAUGCGGUUCCUUGAUAACAAACAGAACUUCCCCCUGUCAGGAAACGUCUUGUCCGUCAAUACCAAGGCACCAUGGUUGACUUAUACCGAAUGGGCUGCUGCUUAUGGCUAUGGCGACGAAUGGCGUCGUUGCCGACGACUCUUGCACCAAAUUUUCCGUCUUCACUCUGCACUCAAGUUUCGUCCAAUGCAGAUCAAGCGCGCGCAUGAGAUGAUCGUCAAUCUAAUCGAUGACCCUCAUUCUCACUUUGCAACAUUCUCGGCAUCAAUUACGAUGCCAGCGACAUACGGCCACCAAACUAGUCCUCGUGAUGAUCCUCUGGUUCGAAUUGUAGAAAAUGCUGUGGCUCUUGCCUUUCAGGCGAUGACCCCAGAGAGAGCAAUCUUGCUCAAAUUUUUCCCCUUCUGGAGGGAUCUUCAAUCAAACGCGAUGCUCUCAAACUUCGGCCAAUUGUAUGAGAGAAAUGACCGACGUGCCAUUUCAAUAUGUACAGGAGCAUAUGCUAUUAAUCACAUGGUCGUCAAGGCCGAAAACUCGGCCCUUGGUCAGUUUUCGAUGGUAGCAGAAAAUCUCCAACAAAUCGAGAUGCAAGAUCAGACAUCCAGACCAUUGUUUGAGGGUUCAUACGAGACGACUAUUUCAUUCUUGAUGGUUUUUGCUCUCGCCAUGGUGUCUUACCCAAAUGUUCAAAAACGCGCACAAGUGGAGAUCGACUCAGCGGUUGGGCGGGAUCGCUUACCUACCUUCGAAGACAGGGCGUUACUGCCAUACCUCGAAUCAGUUCUACGGGAGACUUUGCGAUGGCAGCCUAUCGGACCCAUUGCGCCACGUGCCACCUCGAGUGAUGGUAUAUAUGACGGUUACUUCAUUCCAAAAGCACUCCAAGAAACGGUCAAACCGCUGAAGAUACCAGCAGGUCAAAAUGACCAUGGACGUAGGACCUCUGCAAUUUUGACCCAGGCUGGAAAUGGGCAGAACUUGAAAAUAAUUUUACUGUCAAUGCGCAACAUGUGCAAUAUCGUCGAUACCGGCAUCUGA